CAAGGGAGAGAAAUGUGACCGUUGGAAGCUAACAAAACCCAAGCGUUUCAAAUUACAAUUUUUUUUAAUUUGAGAAAAAUUUAAACCCACGAAGCUUCAUAAGAAUCCGAUUCCAAAGCUAGAGGUUUUCACACAACGAAACCCCAAAAAGUCAUUUCCAUAAAGCUACGCUCUCUCUCUCUCUCUCUCUCUCUCUCUCUCUCUCUUUAACAUGCAAAGAAACCCAAGAGAGGAAGAAGAGAAGCUACUGUUGGAAUCAUUGUUUUAAUGGCAAAGCGUACGGCAGAGGAGGAGAUAACCAAGGACGUACAAGAAGAAGGAGAAGCUCAUCCUUAUGCAUUCCAUGUCUCUGGUCCUCGCAAUGUGUCUUCUCCGAAUUGGAGAGAUCUUAUUAAUUCUAGUUGGAAAGAUGGGAAUUACAAAAGAACUGUAAUAGCUUGCUUUAUACAGGGAGUUUAUUUGCUUGAACUUGACAGACAAGAGAACAGAAAUGAAGAAAAUGGUCUUGCUCCAAAAUGGUGGAUACCCUUUAAGUACAAAUUGGCACAAACUUUGAUUGAUGAAAGAGACGGAUCUAUAUUUGGUGCAAUACUAGAAUGGGAUAGAUCUGCUGCACUUGCUGAUUUAGUACUCAUCAGACCCAGUGGUGCACCAAGGGCUGUAUUAGCCCUCAGAGGAACAUUGCUCAAAAGCAUGACAAUCAGGAGGGACAUUGAAGAUGAUCUUAGAUUUCUUGCUUGGGAAAGCUUGAAAGGUUCUAUAAGGUUCAAAGGAGCUUUCGAGGCAUUGAAACAAGUUGCUGAGAAAUAUGGAAGUGGUAAUAUUUGUAUUGCAGGUCACUCUUUAGGAGCUGGUUUUGCUCUCCAAGUGGGAAAAGCAUUAGCCAAAGAGGGUAUAUAUGUAGAUACUCAUUUGUUCAAUCCACCUUCUGUUUCACUAGCUAUGAGCUUGAGAAAUUUAGGAGAAAAAGCUGGGUUUGCCUGGAAGAGACUUAAAUCCAUGCUUCCUUCAAGUAGUGAAACUCAGGUCAAUACUGAAGAGGAAGAGAAGAAUUCUUCCGGUGUAUUGAGGAAUUGGGUACCAAAUUUAUACGGGGCUAAGAGUUCUGGUCUUGCUUUGGGAAAAUGGGUGCCUCAUUUAUAUGUAAAUAAUAGUGAUUACAUAUGUUGUUCAUAUACUGACCCUGAUGGAGCAGAAGAAAACAAAGCUGCCGUUGGGAAGGAGAAUGUGGGUCCUAGCAAUGGGAAAAUGGCAGCAAAACUUUUUGUGAUGUCAAAGGGAAACCAGAAGUUUUUGGAGGCUCAUGGAUUAGAGCAAUGGUGGUCUGAUGAUGUGGAACUUCAAAUGGCUCUUCAUAACAGUAAACUCAUAAGCAGGCAGCUGAAAUCCUUAUACAGUCUACCAUCUAGCUCUACAACAAGCACUGGGAAAGCAUUAGUUAACAAAGGUUGAUUUGCUCUCCCAGCUGAAAUUCUUAUUUUGUCUUCUUAAAUGCUUGUUAGGCAAAACAAAAAAUAAACAAAACCACAAAAAAACAAAGCAUUUAAUUCUAUACUGCUAUGAAAUUGUUGAUGUUUUUGCUUUUAUAUGUGUGUUGUUUAUUAUAAGGUUAAUUAUUCCAAUUUCCACUUUAUUUCAA